AGAGAGAGAAAUGUGGCGACGGAUCCCGGGAAGACGACAGAGGAGUUGAACACUGAAUGUGAAACAUUGCUGAAGAUUGUUCAAGAUUGGCCGGAUUUGCAACAAACACAGGCACAGUAAUCAAGAUUAAAGUGGAUUGUUGGGUGUUGACUGACUGUCAGAUACUGGGCGUCAUCAAGGGCACACAUGGCCCAUACAGUGCAGGACCACCAGAUGGCACAGCCCCAGGCAGCAGUGUUGUCUCUCCCUCCCUCUGGCCAGGCUAAAAGAUGGACAGUGUUGGACUCCCUGCUAUGUGGAGCAUUGGCAGGAGCUGUGGCCAAAACAGUCAUAGCUCCUCUGGACAGAACCAAGAUCAUCUUCCAAGUGUCUUCACAAAGAUUCUCUGCUAAGGAAGCCUUCAGACUCCUCUACUGUACAUACAUGAAAGAUGGCUUCCUCAGUCUGUGGAGGGGCAACUCUGCCACCAUGGUGCGGGUCAUCCCCUAUGCUGCCAUCCAGUUCUGCUCCCACGACCAGUACAAGAGAAUCCUGGGGGGAUACUAUGGCUUCCAGGGAAAAGCCCUUACUCCUUUUCCACGUUUCCUGGCAGGGUCGUUGGCUGGCACCACAGCUGCCAUGCUCACCUACCCCCUGGACAUGGUGCGGGCCAGGAUGGCAGUGACACCCAGACAAAUGUACAGCAACAUUAUGCACGUGUUUGUGCGCAUUACGCAGGAGGAGGGCAUUAAGACCCUGUACAGAGGCUUCUGCCCGACCAUCCUGGGAGUGAUCCCAUACUCAGGAAUCACCUUCUUCACAUAUGAGACCCUCAAGAAACUGCAUGCAGAGAGGACUAGGCGGUCCCAGCCGUACUCCUACGAGCGUUUGGCAUUUGGCGCGUGUGCUGGCCUACUCGGCCAGUCGGCCUCUUACCCGCUGGACGUGGUUCGCCGACGCAUGCAGACGGCCGGGGUGACGGGCCAACAGUACGGCAGCGUCCUGAACACCAUGAAAGCGAUCGUGGUGCAGGAGGGUGUGGUGCGUGGACUCUACAAGGGCCUCAGUAUGAACUGGAUCAAAGGGCCUAUCGCUGUGGGGGUCAGCUUCACCACCUUUGACCUCAUGCACAACCUCCUGCACAAGAUGCACCAGUUGGGAUACUUCACACACUGAGCCAGCAGAGGGAGCCAGAGGAAAGGUUCACUGUUGAGACUAGAGUUGUCGUCCGUCGGUCACAGACACAAUAUGGAUCCUCUGCAAGUCCGAUAGGGAUUGAAAGGGGAGUGUGGAUACUGGACAGACAGGAGGAGACAGAAGCUGUCAGUUUAUUUAAGUGCACAUCCUCUGACGCACAUUAAGCACGCACAGCCAGACCCCCAACUCUUGCUGUUGAUAGAUGGGAUGUCUGUACUAAGGCUACAAUAAGUGUCAUCAAACAGGGUAGAUGUUUGAUGAGUUUGCAAUAUGAGAGGUAUGAGAAUGUGAAUGAUUUUACAUUUCCAGUCCUGAUAUUUGUUUGAGAUUGUGGUAUUAUCUCUGGUGAGGACACUUAAUGGGGCUGGAGAUUAUCAGAGGCGAAGAACUUUACAAUCGGUUCAUUUUAGUAUGGAAUUUGAUCAACUAUGCUCACAAUGUUUUCUGUUGCUUUAAACUGAAGAUGCACUUGUAUUUUCAACCAUGCAUUGCUGCUUUUUCAACCAUGCAUUGUUGCUUUUUUUCAGCCAUGCACUGCUGCUUUUUCAACCAUGCAUUGCUGCUUUUUCUUCUUGAUUAUUUCAGGGCUUGUUGCAGCUGUAAUCCGCUGCUCUGCUCACUUCUGCAUUUAGCAUCAACGUUUCAUGGAAGAGUCACCUACUGGGCCUUGCUGCCAGAAAAUAGUUUCUUGGUUGCUGGUAGUUGGGAAUGUAGUCUUAUUCCAAAGAGCUUGUUUCUGUUUUGUUACGGUUAAAAAUGUCAAUUUUAUGACGUGCCAAGAUGGAAUGUACUGUCAGGAAAAUUAUUGGCACCCUUGAUAAAGAUGAGCAAAUACUGUAUAACUGAGCUAUAAUGUACUGAGCUAUAAUGUAUGCUCAAAAAUGAGAGAAUUCUAUUUUAUACUAAUACAGUUGCUCAGAGAAAGAGAUUUUGUUUAUCAAGUAAUAUUUUUUUCUCCAAAAAAGAUAGGUCAAAAUUAUUGCCACACUUGUUUUCAAUACCUCUCCUUGCGAGGAUAACAACACUGAACCUUUUUCUACAAUGUUUGAUGAGAUUGGAGAACACAUUGGGAGGGAAAUUGGACCAUUCCUCCAUACAGAAUAUUUCCAGAUCCUUGAUUUCCUUCAUCUGCGCUUAUGGGCUACCAUUUUCAAUUAAAACCACAGGUCUUUCCAUGUGGUUCAAGUCUAGAAACUGAUGGCCAUUGCAAAAUGUUGAUUUGUGUGGUCAAUUAACUGGUGUGCGUGGCCAAAGAGCUCAAUUGUCAUGUCAUCUAACAAAUGGAGAUUGCUAAACGGCAUUGGCAGUUGGUUUGGAACCUUUGCUAUGGUCAGAUGACACUACAAUAAAGCACUAGGCUUCCACAGAAUGAUGCAUAUGAAGAGAAAAAAACACCUACUGUUCCGUAUGGUGGUGGAUCUUUGAUGUUAUUGGGCUAAUUCGCUUCCACUGGUUCUGGGGCUCUUGUUAAGGUCAACUGCAGCAUGAACUUUACCCAGUACAAGGACAUUUUAGCCCAAAACCUGAUUGCCUCUUCUAGGAGGCUGAAACUUGGCCACGAGUGAAUCUUCCAGCAAGAUGAUAACCCCAAGCACACAUCAAAAUCCACAAAGUAAUGGUUAAUUGACCACAAAAAUCAACAUCUCAGUCUCCGGACUGGUUUAAAUUGAAGAGGGCAGACGAAGGAUAUCGAGGAUCUGGAAGGAUUCUGUAUGGAGGAAUAGUCUGAGAUUCCUCCCAAUGUGUCAAUCUCAUAAAACAUAUUAGAGAAAGGCCCUGUGACAUUCUCCUCGCAAGGUGAGUUUUUAAAACUAGUGAUCAUUUUUACCCGGUGUUUAAAAAAAGUUUUUUUGUAUUAUAUUUUGUUUAUCUGAGCAAUUGCAUUAGUAUAACAUUUGUAAAUGUUUUAUUCUCCAUUGGACCUGACCGUCGGUGUGCAAUAAUGCCCUCACGUUGAUGAGACAGAGAUGGUGAUAUCAUAAAUAGUUUAUUUUUAUUAACAACAUGCCUGCAGUCCCUCACACACACUGAAUGCCAUCUUCCAUUUAAACAAACUGAAGUGUUUCAGGCAGGAGGCCACAGGUGUGUGCAAUCAGCAUAUUAGCAAGGCUCGCAAGCAGUCAGCUGACAAUAAAGGGACAUGUCACUCAUUCGAACGUUCAAACCAACAGUUAAAGGUUGUGCUGAUGAAUAAAGAGGAGUUUAUUGGAUUUGCAUGUGAUAAUGGAUUGACAAUUUAGCUAGGAUCCUAGAUAUAUAAACACACAAUAAAUACAUUCAUUCAUUUUACAGUGAAGGCUACUCCUUCACAGUCAGUAAUCAUUUCAGCCUGACUGCACAGUUUCACUAUCUGGUGUCUAUAAAUAUAGAUGUGUAAUGUCUAACUGGAAUCUAAUGGAUAUCAUCCAUAUUUUCCCACUACAUGUAGCCUAAGGCAUAAAUAUAUCAUCAGUAUAUUUCUAAUAUUAAGGUAGUCUUUCUAUUAUCUGUAGUCUUAUUGUGAAGGAAAUCCAGUUUGUCAUAAAUCUGUUUCUAUGUUUAUUGAUACUUUACACAAGAAUUUCACUACACCCGCAAUAACAUCUGCUAAAUAUGUGUAUGUGACCAAUAAAAUUGGAUUUGUUUGACUUGA